AACCUUUCCGCUCAGAGACAGCCCUGAGAGCCCACAAGAGCAAGCAGUAGAGCAGAUACACAUAGAACUCCCAAACUGAGAACAUAUCGCAGUAAAAGUACAAAAGUCAACAAACAACAUUAAAUCCAAGAGGGUUAAUACCUGACUGGAAAUUCUACUUUAUUAAUAUUCUAUAUAUAUUAAAAACAAACAAACGCAUUGUUUAUUCCUUUUUAUAAAUGAGUAAAAAGGAGACUUUGGAUUUUCUCUAAAAACACAAAAAAAGACAAGUGGAUCUUUUACUCAUCUCUGAGAGAGACGGAAAACAAAAGGACAAGUGGAGCACGAGAGGCAAGGAACGAGGCUGAACACAGCAUCUUCUGUGGCUUCUUCCCUGCGCUCAGCCAGCGUGCAGCAGUCAGCCCAGCCGCACUGCACGCUUCUCCGGUCAGCGGCCUCCCGGCACCAGCGUCAGCCCUGCAACAGCUCCAGCGGCACCAGAAGAGGAUGGCUGCAGCCAAGACAGAGAUGCUCCUGCCAGCCCUGCAGAUCUCGGAGCCUCUGAACUUCCCUCACUCGCCCAUGGAUAACUACCCCAAGCUGGAGGAGGUGAUGAUGCUCAGCUCUGCGGGGACACCCUUCCUCACAGCUUCCGCGCCUGAAGGUGCCGGCUUUGGCUCCGGGGAGCCAGGGGAGCAGUACGACCACCUUGCUGGGGAUACACUCCCUGACAUCCACUUCAACUGUGAGAAGACACUAGGGGAGCAGACGUACCCCACCCCAAGACUGCCCCCCAUCUCCUACACGGGUCGCUUCACUCUCGAAACUGCCACAACCUGCAGCAACAGCCUCUGGGCGGAGCCUAUUUUGGGCCUGUUCACUGGUCUGAUGGGCAACAUUCCGGCGAGCUCGAGCGCUUCGUCUGCCAACUCACAAAACUCAUCCUCCUCAUCUUCAUCUGUUGCAACCUCUUCCUCUUCGCCUUCUUCUACCUCGUCCUCCUCGCAGAGUUCCAGCCUCACGUCAUCCAUCCACCACAACGAGCCUAACCCCAUCUAUUCGGCCGCCCCAACCUAUUCCAAUCCCAGCUCCGACAUCUUUCCGGACCAGGGCCAAGCCUUCCCCAGUUCCAACGGAAGCGCGCAGUACCCUCCCCCUGCAUACCCGAAUAGUAAAGGCUGCAGCACCAGCUUUCCCGUGCCCAUGAUUCCCGACUACCUGUUCCCACAGCAGCAGGGAGAAAUCAGCCUGUUGCACCCUGACCAAAAGCCAUUUCAGAGUCAGUCAAGCCAGCCCUCUCUCACUCCUCUGUCUACCAUCAAAGCUUUUGCCACCCAGACGGGCUCCCAAGAUCUAAAAAGUGUCUAUCAGUCUCAGCUGAUCAAGCCCAGCCGCAUGCGCAAGUACCCCACCCGCCCGAGCAAGACCCCUCCGCACGAGAGGCCCUACGCCUGCCCGGUGGAGACCUGCGACAGACGCUUUUCUCGCUCUGACGAGCUGACGCGUCACAUUCGCAUCCACACUGGCCAGAAGCCCUUCCAGUGCCGCAUCUGCAUGCGCAACUUCAGCCGCAGUGACCACCUGACGACGCACAUCCGCACGCACACGGGCGAGAAGCCCUUCGCCUGCGAUAUCUGCGGACGCAAGUUUGCUCGCAGCGACGAGAGGAAGAGGCACACAAAGAUCCACCUGCGGCAGAAGGACAAGAAGGCAGAAAAAGCCGGGGCGGUGCCGGUGCCAGCCCCUGUGUCAGCCGCCUCGCCUGCCUCGAGCUACCCUUCGCCCAUCGCUUCAUACCCCUCCCCAGUGUCUUCUUACCCGUCCCCCGUCACCUCCUGCUACUCCUCUCCAGCUCACACAUCCUACCCGUCUCCCUCUAUCGCCACCACCUACCCUUCAGUGUCCAUGUCCAGCACCUUCCAGUCCCAGGUAGCUUCUCCCUUCCCUUCUUCAGUCGUCUCCAACCUCUACAGCUCCCCUGUGCCAACCCCAUUAUCGGACCUGCAGACCACUCUCUCCCCGAGGACAAUCGAGAUCUGCUAAGGUCGCCUUGCAUUAAAUCAUUUGAAGGGACGCUCGGCAGCGUCUAAAGACUACAGAGACUGUUGUUAUCCCCAAAUCAAAAAAAGAAAGGAAGCACUUUUGUGACUGCUCUUUGUGCAGUCUUGGGUCGGGUCCAUCCUGAGGUUUAUACAAGAGGUUUAUAUGAGUGAAAAGGACACAUGUCAAGGACUGGGCAAGGUCUUUCCUCCUCUCUGCCAGACAAAUGCAGCACUUCAAAUGCAUAAAGGACUGAAAAAAAGGAGUGGGCUCCAGCAUUGUUGGCUCUUUACUAUCAGGUACACACAAAACAAAACAGAAAAAAAGUGAAGAUUGCCAGCAGCUGAGAUACUCAAACACGUCUGCCCUCGUAGGCAUGCAUACAGUUACAAGAGACAAUGACUGAUAUACAUAAGCUACCAUAUGUAUAUUGUACAUGUCAUGUUUUGUUCUUGUCAUUCUUUGAUAUUAUUGAUGUGAACAAUGAUUUGCAUUUUUGCAUUGUAUUAUUUGAAGUGAGCAGGGCCACAUUUUCUACAUAUUUUUCUCUAUUAUGUAGUGAUGCUGCUGUGAUAUGUUUUAUUUGGAAAAAUAUACAAAAAAAACACAUAUUCAAGCAUGACUAGAAGUGAUGUUAGUUUCUGUUUGUAAAUAUCAUCCACUGGUACUCCUUUUCUAUCUUUCUCACGUGUGACAUAUUGUUGAGUAGAGAAAAGAAAAAGAAAAGAGCAUUUCGUCUCACCCCCCCCC